AUGUAUAGAGAAAGAAAAAUCCACAUUCUUAAAGUGAAUGGCUGGCUGGCUUGCGGCGAUGAUACAAAUAGAAAAUCCUAUCAGCAACAUCAAGAGGAGGACAAUAGUGAUGAAACCUACGACGGCCAGAGAAAAGCAAUCGACGACGCUGAUAAUGAUGACGAGGAUGAUCUCUCUGAUGAUGUAGCUCCUUACAUAGACGAUGAUGAUGAUGAGAAAUUGGAAGAGGAUGAUAGCGACAGGGAAGAGGAAGAAGAUAGUGAUGAUGAUAAUGAAGGGAAGGGUGACCUGCCAACGGGGGAAAAGCUGCCCCAACACCCAGGAUUUGCACCCGACGACGCUCUCAGUUCAGCCCAGUCCUUGACCUCGGACAGACGUCCGAGCCAGCCUGCCCAUAGGCCUAACAAAGGCUCUACUGGUGCGCCCUGA